GCAAAUUGGUCAAGAUACCGUCAGAAUAGCAAACAGUGCCGAAAACGAAAAAUAUUUUUUUAUAUUCGGUUCAGAAAAACAUACGUUCUUGCUGCAAGUGCAUUUUUCGUGCAUAUUUGGAUCUUUGCGACAUACGCGAGCCUUUCCAUUCAUUUGCGUCGCACCGGCGAGUAGUAAAAAUCACCAAGAAUGACUAAAAGCAAACCUCGCCAGAAGCCAGUGUGGAGUUUCGCUAUUAUUUUGCUCAUUUCGCUUUGCCUGCUGAUCCCCACAGCAAAUAGUGUAGAGCUCACGUUCGAGCUGCCGGAAAACGCGAGAGAAUGUUUCCACGAAGAAAUCCAAAAGAACCAGACGGCGACCCUAGAAUUUCAGGUUGUCAGUGGAGGAAAAUAUGAUGUUGAUGUUACACUGGAGAGUCCUACAAGCGAAGUUAUUUACCGUCAAAUCAAAACUCAGUUUGACUCCCAUCAAUUCGUGGCUGCGGCUUCCGGCAUUUAUACGGCCUGCUUCAGCAAUGAGUUUUCCACGUUCUCCCACAAAAUUGUCUACAUGGACUUCCAAGUAGGAGAGGAGCAGCCAUUACCAGGCAUCGAGGAGCACGCAACCGUGCUGACUCAGCUGCAACAUUCGUCCCAGGAAAUCCAUAAAGGGUUGAACGCGAUUCUCGACUACCAAACCCAUCACCGUUUGCGAGAGGCACAAGGCCGAAAGCGUGCUGAAGAUUUGAACGAACGUGUGCUGUGGUGGUCACUGAUGGAAACCGUCGCCGUCCUAGUAAUAGCCAUCGGGCAAGUGUUGGUGCUACGAAACUUCUUUUCAGAAAAGAAGCCUAGCCAAAUGAACUACCCGCUAAUAAAAUAAUAAAAUCCACCGUCAUUACAAUAUAUGACAACCUU